GGAGGGCGGGAGCCGGCACGGCCGUAGUGGCAGGAGGCAGGCCCUGCAGGCGGGCGGAUCCAGAGUCAGGCUGGAGAAGACCGCAGCGGAGUAGGGGGCGGGCCGGGGGGCCGGGCCUCGACUCGCCUUUGCUUGCCCGGUCUCCUCCCCGCCCGGCCCCGCCUCGUCUUUAGGGGAGGAGGCGGUGGCGCUGGCGGGACCCGAAAGCCGAGAGAGCCGGAGACGAGUCCGGCUCCGUACGUGGCCAGUCCCGGGGCAAAGCAGUAUGGGAUGCUAUCUCAAGUUAGAAAUUCAGCGACCAUCAUACCGUGUACCUCUACAAGCUCCUUGUGACAAUAUCCAUCUAUAAAGUGGCAGAUCUUUAACUUGGCUCUUGUUCUGGGUUGAAGCUUGUGGAUAAUGGAAACAUUCCCCUGGCAAUGUCUCUGGGGCGACUCCUUCGACGAGCCUCCUCAAAAGCCUCUGAUCUCCUGACCCUCAACCCCAGUGGCAGCGGUGGCCCUCCCUCCAUACUGGAUGGGGAGAUCAUCUAUUCGAAGAACAAUGUCUGUGUCCACCCCCUGCAAGUUCUGCAGGGCCUUGGGGAGCAUCACCCAGGUUACUUGUGCUUGUACAUGGAAAAGGAUGAACUUCUCGGGACCACACUCAUCCUUGCUUGGGUCCCUAACUCCAGGAUCCAAAGGCAAGAUGAAGAAGCCCUGCGCUACAUCACCCCUGAAAGCUCCCCUGUGCGCAAGGCCCCUAGCAAACGAAGCCGUCAUGCUCAGGGCUCUGGAGAGCCUCAUCAGCCCUCCCCCGUGGAACAAAGGGACCCUCUGACCCCCAAGGAUGAGGACAUCUUGGUGGUGGCCCAGAGUUUCCAAGAUACUGUCCACAUAAGCUCCUCAUUAGAAGAUGGGGAGAAGCUAUCCCAAGGCUUGGGGACAGACAGUCCUAUCCAAGCUACCCAGCCUGUCCAUAGUGACUCAGGAAUCUUAUCUACUGUCAGCUCUCAGGAUGAGCCAAAUAGGUCUGAAUUGUCAGUGGAUGGUACAGAGGAGGGUCGGGAGUUAAGGCCAGAGCCUGGAGAGGAGGAAGGCUCCUUAGAACUCUCUGCUGAUGACGUGAGCAGAGACAGUACUUUUGAUUCUGAUUCUGAUGCCUUUUCUUCACCCUUCUGCCUCUCGCCAAUAAGUGAAGCCCUUGCCGAGAGCAGCAGCUCGGUUUUUCUGGACAAUGAAAACAGAGAGACAUGUGACAAUCACAUGACCUGUUCUACCAGCUCCACCUCCAGCCUUGACACCAACCUUCAGUUCCCUGAGAACAGUGGCCAACUACAGAACUCCAAAUGGGAUGAGCAGCAGAAAGUGUUUGCCCUCGAACAGAUCUGUGGGGUGUUUCGGGUAGACUUGGGGCAGAUGAGGUCUCUCCGCCUUUUCUUUAGCGAUGAGGCCUGUACCAGCGGGCAGCUGGUUGUUGCUAGCCGAGAAAGUCAGUACAAGAUCUUCCAUUUUCACCAUGGUGGCCUGGACAAACUGUCAGAAGUUUUUCAGCAGUGGAAACACUGUACCGAGACUCAUCUCAAAGACCAGCAGGUCUCCAAUGAAAAGACUUGUAUGCAGUUCUCCAUCCGACGUCCCAAGCUUCCUUCUUCAGAGACCCACCCAGAGGAGAACAUGUACAAAAAGCUGGAUGUCUCCACGUGGCUUAACCACUUGAAUGAGUCUGGGCAGGUGGAAGAGGAAUAUAAGCUGCGUAAGGCCAUUUUCUUCGGCGGCAUUGAUGUGUCAAUCCGGGGCGAGGUCUGGCCCUUCCUGCUGCGCUAUUACAGCCAUGAGUCCACAUCCGAGGAACGAGAGGCACUGAGGGCGCAGAAGAGGAGGGAAUACUCAGAAAUCCAGCAGAAAAGGCUUUCAAUGACUCCAGAAGAACAGAGAGAAUUCUGGCGCCACGUGCAGUUCACUGUUGACAAAGAUGUGGUUCGGACAGACCGGAGCAAUCAGUUCUUCCGAGGAGAAGACAACCCAAAUGUGGAGAGCAUGAGGAGAAUUUUGCUGAACUAUGCAGUAUACAAUCCAACCAUUGGCUACUCCCAGGGCAUGUCAGACCUGGUGGCUCCCAUCCUGGCUGAGGUUCUAGAUGAAUCAGAUACCUUCUGGUGCUUCGUAGGUUUGAUGCAGAACACGAUCUUUGUCAGUUCUCCCCGAGAUGAUGAUAUGGAGAAACAGCUGCUAUACCUUCGUGAGCUGCUUCGGCUGACCCACCUGCGUUUUUACCAGCACCUUGUUUCUCUGGGGGAGGAUGGCUUACAGAUGCUUUUCUGCCACCGCUGGAUUCUUCUGUGUUUUAAACGAGAGUUUCCAGAUGCAGAGGCCCUGCGCAUGUGGGAAGCAUGCUGGGCCCAUUACCAGACAGACUACUUCCAUCUCUUCAUCUGUGUGGCCAUUGUGGUGAUCUAUGGUGAUGAUGUCAUCGAACAACAGCUGGCCACUGACCAGAUGCUUCUGCACUUUGGAAAUCUGGCUAUGCACAUGAAUGGGGAACUUGUACUCAGGAAGGCGAGGAGUUUGCUGUAUCAGUUUCGCCUCUUGCCCCGGAUCCCAUGUAGUCUACAUGACCUCUGUAAACUCUGUGGGACAGGCAUGUGGGAUAGUGGCUAUAUCCCUGCUGUGGAGUGUACCGGGCACCACCCUGAAUCUGAGAGCUGUCCCUAUGGUGGGACAGUGGAGGCACCUUCCCCAAAAUCUGCCAUUGAAGGCAAGAAGGGCCCAAAGACACGAGAGGUCUUCAAUUUCCGCAAAUAGGGACAGUUCAUAAAGCUGGAGAGGGGUUGGGGGGAAUGUUUCCAGGGGAAUUGUCUAAUUCAAGGUCAUUAGAAUUGGACAGGGGUAUAGGGUAGAAGAAAUGAAAAAUCAGUGUUUACCAGAAGUACCAUUGAAAAAAAUGGAGAAUAAACUUUUCUUUUUUAAUGACAGCAUCAGAAGCCAGGAAAAACAGAAUGAAGAUUUGACCACCAACUCAAAGAAUAUUCAAUUCUGUGACCGAGUGCCAGACUGGAGUCUCACUGCUAGGGCAUAGCAGAAAGACCUUUCUUGUUGCCUAUUUGCCUGUUUGAACUAAAGGAGUAAUUUUCCAGGAUAAUUCCCUUCCACCUCCAUCACUGGCCCAGAUUCAUUAGCAACUAAAUUUCAAACAUAGAAAGACAGAUAUGUAAGGAAGGCCAAGCAAGCUCAGCUUUCUGUGUUGGAAAACAUUUAAAUUAAGAGCAGUCCUCAGGUGAUAAAUCCUCAAGCUUCUCUUUCUCUCUCUCUCACACACACACACACACACACACACACAUAUACACACACAAACACAAUCAUCAUGCACAAAUUUUCCUUCUUGAAACCAAAACCUACUGCCUAAGUGACUUCCAGCCUGAGCCAUAAAGUUGUCACUAAAAACAGCCCAGUUGAUUUGUGGAUACUGGGACAGGGAUCUGGGGGGGUUUGUGGCUUUUCACAAAGAUACUACGAGCUUUUUAUACUCCCUCACGUGUGAAAGAAACUGCCUCCUCUUGAGCCUAAGCAAUAGGCUUCUGGAGAGCAUAUGAUUCAUCUCCUUUGGCUUCUUUCUGGGAGCUAACAAGUUUUCUAUAUAAGGGUUUUCUGCCAGGUUCAUUGCUUAGUCCCACCACAUACAGUAGCCAAAUGGUGUUUGAAUGGUUAGUUAAGAGUAUCUCAUGUGAUAGUGUGUGUGUCUAUAUAUGUGUGUGUGUGUGUGUGUGUGUGUGUGUGUGUGUGUGUGUGUGUGUAUCUGAGUCAUCGAAAAAAAAUGGAUUCAUUUAAGGGAAGUGACAACCCUCUGAGUAUUCCUCAAAAGUGUCUGGUGAUAGCUACUGCUGUGUGAAUCCUGGCUUCCAAAUAGCCAAAUAUUGUUACAUUUAAGUAGCCAGUGUUUAGGGCUGCCUCCACUUCUGGUGGAUGACCCGAAAUCCUUCCAACGUAUUUAUCCUCAUGAAGAGAUUAUGCUAGCUGUCCGUGCUAGAAUUUGGAGAUAGAAUGGUACGCAUGGCCUGUGAGAGUCCUUUAGGUCAUCCUGAAAAGGGAUAGAGUGCCAAGUCCCUUCUACUAAAAACCUCUGCUUGAAAUUGUGGACAAGCAGACUCACUCCUUGGAUGCUUUAGGCCUCUGAAUUCUUCCUCUUUCCAAACACUUCAGCUGAAUUAGCUGAAUUGUACCCUUUAAAAAGAUAUUUAUCAGCAAUAAAGAUAAAGUUACCAGCCUCUUCCCUUUUUAUCACACUCUACACUCCUUAAAUCCAAAAUCCACCAGCGUAGGGUAUCUUUUUAAGAAUAAAGGAAGAAAUUAAACUCAAAUUUCAAGUUUUCCUCCCAGAACUUUUCUGGGCAUACUGUCUUGGAAUCUUUAUUAGUAGAAUUCAGAUUUGGAUAAGGCUGUUAACAGAGUGAGGCCUUCGUCUCUUGCUAUUACCACUGGGGAAUAUGAGUCUGGAUAAGGUUGCAGUUGAACUUCUCUGUUGUAAGAGAGAGGACACACCAAUUAUAUUUAUUCCGUACUGGAAGAAGAUUCCCUUAGGACAUGUAACCAUUGAAUAUUGAUUCAAAUUGGGAGCUAGAAACACAAGAGCUCUUCAGCCAUAUUCCUCCUUCUCCACUGCCAUUGUUCUCUAGAAAGUCUCCUGAGAAGAGAGAACCCUUGGUUGUGCAGAAAUUGGUUCCAAAACACCUUCCAACUCUUUUGGUUUUCCCUAGGUCCCCACAAACGAACACAAAGGCUCCCUUCGUAAUUUGGCUCCCACCUCUUUUCCGCAUCAGGAGCACUUGUUUUCAUUGGUACCGUGUGCCUUCAAACUGCUGCCUUCAUGCAGCUGCAGGUUUCCAAUGACCCAGUGAUGGAGGAGGCUUGUUGGUAUGCCCAGACGGAAAGUAUUCAUUCUGAAUUCUGCCAAGUUCUCCAAAACCAUAACCACAGAACCCCAUUCUCUACAACCACUCAAACCAGCUGGCUGUUUCCCAUUAAGGGAAUGGAAACAAAGCGCCACCUGCUGUCUGCCUUUGUCAUUACUAUAUGGUUUACACUCUUAAGUUGCCCUUGUGGGUUGGGGUGGUUAGCCCACUGACAUUUUAGCCUGCCUGGAAAACAGCAAGGAUCUGUGGAUUCACUGCUGUGUUGAGCCCAGCAGGUUUGCCUAGAAAACAUUCUGAAUAUUUGCUGCUAUAGAGAGGCCUACAGAAAAGCUCCCUCUCACAACUUCCUUAAUCUGGAUGCAAUUAGGGGCAAACCAGUCAAAAACCCUGGAGCAGCUGUUGCCCCAGGUUUAUUCCCAUCCAGCAGAAGGCAUUAGGGUGAUAAUUCAGUCAUUAGACUUCUAGCCUUUCCACCAUCAGAAUGUGCAAAUAGGGGUUAAUAAGCCCUAUACCUCUAUUCUUAGCAAUGUAGCUUAUUUAACUCAUUUUUAAAAUGUUGCUUAAUUUUAUUGGCUGCCUUGUGCAUGCAUGCGCAUACUUAAAAAUUUCAAAGCCUUCUAACCCCACUAAUAAUUUCUGCCAUUGAUGUUACACAACGUAGUUUCAAUGCCCCUGGGAAGAGAAUGGUAACCUUUGAUGUGUGUGGGGAAGGGUAUGCCUAUGCAGAGGGGUGGAAGGUUUAUAGCAAGGAGACUUGUUUCUAUGAAAACUGAUUACUAUGCUAUUCAUAGAGCCCACAUUGGUGACACAGAGGAGAGAGCCAUCAGAAGUUGAGUGUUAACAGUCUAGAAGGAUGGUAAAAGAACUUUGCUGAGAUGAAGGACUUUGGGUUCCUUUGGAGUUGGAAAAAAGAAAGGACUCAUCUUGUUCUUGCUAAUUUGGAUACAUUGCUUGAAUUUUUCUUCUAGUCCUAGGUUAGAGAGACUCAUUCUGAAGUCACAACACUCUGGUUCCCCCUUUGAAAAGGUAGUAGGUCUCCAAUCUAUAGAUUUUCCUUAUGGAGUGUUCAUAGCAGAUCCUUCACUUUAUGUAAAGCACAGAUGAUCAUUUUGUGGGGCAUGUUCUCAAAAUACAGUCUGAGCUAGCCUCUGAAGCCCCUUGAGAUCGUAUGAUUCUGUCAGUUGCUAUUCCACUGAAUGCCUAAUUGGUCAUUUUGAAAAUUGAAUAGGAUAAAGGUCGAGAUUUUUUCCAUUUUAUUUUGUUUAUUUGGAACAUUGUCAUAAGGAUUGCUUUAAGACAGUUGCUGCAUUGUCCACAGGACUAGGGAAAAUCAGACUGGUUUUGAUAUCCGGAGGUUUACAUUCUACCAUGAGUGAGUAGCUGUAACAUCACCCAUGCUGAUUAGUAGUAGAGCUUAUUCAUGUGCUCUCGUUCCAAUUUUAUACCAAGCAUCAUUUGACUGUAAAGUUCUGGGUAAAGGGAAAGCAUAUGUAAAUGCUGAUAGGAAUAGAGAAGUUGGGGAAGGACCUGAGGUUCCUAGGUCUCCGUAGGUGGUUCUUAUGAAUCAGUUAUUUGUGAGACUAGGAUCAGUCUCAUUUUUUGCAAUGUAAGAACUUCACUGAGAAAGGGGAAGGCAAAAAGCAAAGUCCAGUCUGAAUAGGCAGUCAGGAAUAUUCAGAAAUAAGAAUGACUCAGGAUUGUGUGAGAUUCAUUUCUGGAACAUAAAUUAUUCUAGAAGAGUGGGCCACAGAAUCAAUAUUUGGGGCAGGAGGGGAAUCUAACACAACUUCAUAUGUUAGAAAACUAGGAGGCUUAGGAAGAGAGAGUAAGUCCGGAAUAGUUACAGCACUGAAAUCGAAGGGAGCUCGGCUCCUGGCUGCUUCAUUUGGCUGUGUUUUCACCCCACCUCCCCCUAUUCAGUGACUGCCAGUGGGCAUUAGUAGGACUGCCCUGGACUUAUGAGUAACAGAGAAUGGAGUGUCCUGUUUGCAGUGCACAAGCCUCCUGGUAAACAAGGUCAAGUCCAAGACCUAUGCUAACCAAUCACUGGUGAACUUAUUCAGGGAUCUCUGUGAACUGCCUCCCAAAGCAGGAGGGCGGGGGAGUACCUUGUAUUGGGACUGAAUUCUCUCUUUUACAUAAGGAAUGCAAAGCAGUUCUCAAGGAAGGACCUGAACCAGCUCCCCAGGCAAGUGGUGGAUUCUCCUUCCUUGGAAGGAGUGCUGAACUUGCAGCUGCUUCCAUUGAGCCUGAUUAAAGACUGCAUGUGGCCUCAGAAGGGGGCAGUUAUUAAAUCGCCUAAAGAACUUAUUUUGUUUUCUCUUUAAGCGUGUGAGGACUAUAAACAGUAUUCACCACAACCCAGAUCUCAUAGACUUCCACUCAGGGAAGAAGGCCAUUUGACAUCAGUGUUAGUAGAACUGGGUUUAAGACAGAGUCGUGAUCUAGAGCCAAGAGCGUUGGUCUCAUUCCACCACCAUUACCUUAGUGUGUGUUUGAAACUGGGGUGCAUAUCACCUUUUGGCCUCAGCUGUCUCAACAAAAUGAGGGUAACUUUACUUUUCACACAUCCUUCUUUCUGCGCUUCCUCUCCCUCAAACAUACACAUACCUUAUAGGACUGUUCAAAGAUAAGUGAAUAUACACGUGAAUCUCUGAGAGAAAGGUACUAAAUAAGCUGGACUUCCUCAAUUGUACUGUUACAGACUUUGCAAGGUGAUGAUUUCAGAACUCUUUAUGCUAUGAAUUGGAUGGAUGGAAGAUCAUUUAUGAAGUGCUUAUUAUGUGCCAAGCACUGUUCUAAAGAUACAAAUAAGUAAAGAUAGGCUUUGUCCUCGAGUUUACACUCUAAAUGAGAGUGGUAGACAGGGUGGAGUCCUUUGGGUCCAAAAGUUAUGGCAUGAUAUGGGGCCAUAGGGAAGUAAAUUGACACACCCCAUUCUGGAACAAUGGCAGAUUUGAUUUGAAGGAGGCUCUUGGUCCCUGAAUGGGAAAAUGGGGUUGUUGGGACUGUUCUGAAGUAGUGAUCCAAGAGAGAUAGUCCCUGAUGAGGAGGUGGGGGAGGGGGUCCUUUAAGAGAGAAAAGACUUUAGAGAUCAUCCAAACCCCUAAUUUUUUAAGAUGAGGAAAUACAUCUGUGAAGAGAAGGGACUUGAUCCUGGGCCUCACAGAAAAUUAGUAGAAAAGCUGGAAUUAGAACCUAGGCUCUUGUCGGGUUUAUCUUUGCAUCCUUUGCCUCUAGCUCUAUACCUUGUAUAUAGCAAGCACUUAAUGAGUAUCUGUUGAUUUGAAAGCAGUUGAACUUUGUCUUUUACCCAGUGCUGGCAACUGGUGCUUGAAAAGCCAGAUCCUAUUUGAGGUUUUUGAACCCAGUUGCCAGUAUUGUUCUCCUGGCCCUGGUUGGUCAAAUCUAGUCACAAUAUGGAUA